UUCUUUUUACUUUGUAGUAGCCAAAUAAAAGUUGAAUGAUUAAGGAAAUCGAAUCCUUUCCCACACCAGACUAGAAAGUCAUUGUAUUUGCCAGUCAAUUAAAUGUUUAGAGGCUCAGAUUAAAAUGAAUAAGUUACUACGAUAUGGCUUCAUUACGAUAGCAGUUUUAACCAACAUCCUUGGGACAGCUUUACCAGAAGGGCCUCAUCAAACUAACUACGAUACUUUCAAGUCUGACUGGCCUGUAGGGGACCCACGUAGAUGUCAGGACAAGUCAAGACACAGUCAUUUGGAUGUACAGCGAUUUGAGGUGUUACCAGGUGUGGGUUGGGAUAAUCUCCGUAAUGCAAUCGCUGGGCAAGUUAUCAGCUACAACUUUACUCAAUGCAAGGUGACUGAUGACGGAAACUUCCUGAUACCUGACAACUUAUUCACAGUUCCUCUCAAGACCAGUAGAGUGGAGACAUUUGCUGAGCUGAUAGAGACCUGGCAUAACUCCUCCUCGCUGACAGCAAACACCGUCAACAUAGAGACUGGGAUGUCUUUGGGUUUCGUCUCUGUCAGCGGCAAGUUCUCCUACGAGCACGAAGAACUCAAGUCGAAACAGAUUGAAGACAAGGCCGUGACUGUCCGAGUACAGAUCAGGUACAACAGGUAUGAAGCAAAACUUCAACCAGAUCCAGUCUUAAGUUCACAGUUCAGAAUUCGGUUACUGAAUAUAGCAGCUAGACUUGAGAUGAACCAGACUGAACAAGCCAGAUAUGAAGGACAAUUGCUGGUCAGAGAUUUUGGUACCCAUGUCUUGACAAGUGUUACCGCCGGAGCUGGACUUGUCAAGGAUGAUUACCUCAAGAGUGACUUUGUCUCUUCCAGUAGAGAAUCUAAAACGUCCAUUUUAGUAUCAGCAAGUGCUUCAUUCCUUGGCAUAUUUCAUAUGAGUGCUUCUUAUGGCCAUAAAACAGAUGACAAAGUGAGUGACUCCUACAAUAAAAGUCUGACACAUUCGGUUAUAAGGACACUCGGUGGACCAUUGUAUCGCAUUGGAAACAUGACUCUAGACGAGUGGACUGAAGGUGUUGACAAGAACGUGGUCCCCAUGGAUAGGGCAGGUGAUCCUUUGUACUUCUUGGUCACUCCACAGACCUUGCCGGAAGUAACUCCCACGACAGUUUAUGAAGUAGAAAAGAUUGUACGUGAGUCCAUAGAGCUGUACUAUGAAAUGAAUACUUACAGAGGAUGUACCAAGCUUGGCUCUCCCAAUUUCAGUUUCUCUGCCAACUUUGAUGAUGGUUCGUGUACGGCUCGACCAACUAAUGUCUCAUUUGGAGGUGUAUAUCAAACAUGCUCAGUGUAUGGACUCGAAUAUUUUGACAAAAAAAACCCAUGUGAAAAACUGACCCAAGUCAACCCCAAGACAGGAAGUUAUUCGUGUCCUAAAUCUUACAUGCCUGUAUUGUUACAGAAAGGAUCAAUCAAAUCAUUAUCAUCAUGUCGAAUUGUCUUCUUUCCAAUUCGAUGUAUAAUGCAAUAUGGUGAAGCUGUGUAUUCUACGUACUGGUGUGCGGCGACUGGACAAGUUGAGCCAGACUCUGGCUAUUUGUUUGGUGGCCUGUAUCAAUACACACACGUUAAUCCAGUUACAGGAACAGAGAGCUGCCCACCAACAUUUUAUGCUAUACGUAUACUGUCGGCUUUGACAAUUUGUAUUAGUGAUGACUUUCAACAAAGUAGUGGUAUGGCAGUCCCUUUUGGAGGAUUCUUUUCUUGUAAAGCAGGAAAUGUGCUUUCAGCUGAGAAAUUCAAUUCUGUAGGUUUUCAUGAAAACUUGGCUGCUAAAAAUUCCUUGAAAGUUUUUAUGGCGGGAAAGGUAGACGCCUCAGAACAUUAUCCAAUGAGAUGUCCUGAAGGAUACAGUCAACAUCUUGCCACAGUGGAUGAGGGAUGUUCAAUUCACUACUGCAUUCAGGCAGGAACUCUGGCUGGACCUAACUUACCACCUAUCAGACGACCUCCAUACAUGACCAGGCCAGCCUCACAAAUUGAGAAUGAGUAUAACUUGUUUAUAUUUGACCCAGAAACACAGACAUGGAGAAAGAAUAACAAAGCCUACAACAAUGAGGUCGUGGCUGGUCUUACACCAGGAAUAAUUGCAGUGAUAACAGUGUGUGCUGCCGUGGCUAGUGCGGCUGUAGUGGCUGUCAUUAUCCUGGGUGUGAAACUGCGUAGAGCCAGAGGGUCUAGCAAGUACACACGCAUCAUAGGAGAAUCGAACUACGGUGCCUUGAACGAAGCCUUCAAUGAUGACAAAAACGUGUACCUCGCCACCUUAAUCUGGCGGCGACAAAUUGAAUAGGAAGGUUUUUCCCAGCUGUGAAAUUACAUAUUUAGCUGGCAGACACUUGUUAUUGAGUCGUACUGCCAGAAGUUUCAUGAUCACAUCGAGAGGUCCGUAGCAGUAAACAGCAACAUAUAGCAAGCAGAACGUUGUGGCACU